GUAGAUAACAAGUCAUAACAAAAAUAUUGUUUACCCAGGUAUUGUUGAUAAUCGUUUGUGAAAGCAGCAAUUCUUCAGAUAAAAAAUGACGAGACAUGCGAGAAAUUGUACUGCCGGAGCGGUCUAUACAUACCACGAAAAGAAAAAGGAUGCUGCUUCCUCCGGAUUUGGAACAUCUUCACGUCGUCUCGGGAAGGAUUCCGUUAAAAGUUUUGAUUGCUGUUCGUUGACGCUACAGCCCUGCAGGAAUCCGGUUAUCACGAAAGAUGGAUAUUUGUUUGACAAGGAAGCUAUUCUCACCUACAUCAUCACGAAAAAGAAUGAAUACACCAGAAAGAUGAAAGAAUACGAGAAGCAAGUGAAGCAAGAUGAGGAAGAACAACUCGAGAAAUCCAAUGCGGAGACCAAAAAGCAGUUGGAUAAAUUUGUAUCCAUCGAAAAAAAUAUCGUCAGCACGAAAGUCGUUGCCGAGGAGGUUCCCAGCACAAGUGGAGCUUUGUCCAAUAUUUCCCUCGGCAAGCGAACACUGUUACCAAGUUUCUGGGUUCCUUCCCAAACUCCGGCUGCGAAGAUUACGAAAUUAGAAAAGCCCGACAGUAAAGUUUAUUGUCCGGUCUCUGGUAAACCACUGAAAGCCAAAGAUCUGAUUGAGGUAAAAUUCACACUGGUAAAGGAUCCUGCUGACAAGAAAUCGCUGAUUGCCAAGGAGAAUCGCUAUAUGUGUGCUGUUACGCAUGAUAUACUCAACAAUUCCGUCCCAUGCGCGGUUUUGAAAACAACUGGUGACAUUGUUACAAUGGAAUGCGUGGAGAAACUUAUUAAAAAGGAUAUGAUUCAUCCUUUGACUAAUGCGAAGUUGACGGAUUCGGAUAUAAUUCCGCUACAAAGGGGUGGUACUGGAUUUUCCACAACUAAUGACAAUCUGCAAGCAAAAGAAGCCAGGCCAGCUCUCCAGUGUUAAACAUCACGAUUUAAGACCAUAACUAGGGUUAAUUCAACUAUCAUAGAAAAAUACAUUGAACAAUAAAUAAAAUAAAGAAAUAAAUAAACAAAUAAACAAA